CUUCAUUCUAAUGCUACUUCGCAUAAGUGGGCAUUUGGUGCUAUUGCAGAGCUGCUCGACAAUGCUAUUGAUGAGGUGAACAAUGGGGCAACCUUUGUCAAAAUAGAUAAGAUGAAGCAUUCUCCUUAUGGGGAUUAUUCAUUGGUGAUAGAAGACAAUGGAGGCGGCAUGAGUCCAGCAUCUCUUCGACAUUGUAUGAGCUUUGGAUUCUCUCAGAAAUGCACCACUUCAUGCAUUGGGCGAUAUGGAAAUGGCUUCAAAACUAGCACGAUGAGGCUUGGGGCAGAUGCUAUUGUAUUCAUAUGUACAAAAGAUAAUAGGAGAUUGACACGAAGCGUUGGAUUGCUGUCUUACACAUUCCUCAUGAGCACUAGGUGCAAUGACAUAUUUGUACCAGCGGUUGACUAUGAAUUUGAUGCCUCAUCUUCAACUUUCAAGAGGAUAAUGAACCGUGAUGAAAAACAUUUUUCAUCUAAUCUUUCCACUCUUUUGAGGUGGUCUCCAUUUUCUACAGAAGGUGAAUUAUUGAAUCAAUUCAGCGAUAUGGAGUGCCAUGGCACAAAAAUCAUUGUAUUCAACUUGUGGUUGAACGAUGCAUUGGAAAUAGAGCUUGACUUUAUGACUGAUGAACAGGAUACUAUAAUCUCAGGAGCACCUGAGCUACAAGUAGGACGUAAUAUAGUAGAACAGAUGCAUGUUGCAAAUCGACUUCGAUAUUCGCUCCGUGUUUAUGCAUCUAUACUAUACCUGCAUGUACCUGAAAGCUUUCAAAUCAUCCUGUGUGGACGAGCUGUUGAACCACAUUAUGCAGUCAGUGAUCUCAUGUACCCUGAAUGUAUCAAAUAUCGACCACAAGUUGAAGUAACCACGGAGGUUGAUGUCAUUACUACAAUUGGCUACUUAAAAGGCGCUCCACGACUUGAUAUCUAUGGAUUUAAUGUCUACCAUAAGAACCGUCUGAUACUGUGGGUCAUGUACUCAUGUUUCAUUCAUUCCUCGAUCCACAUUUUUGUUCUUCAGCCCCAUUGGCGUGCACGCUCAUGUAAUAAACAGAGAAGAGGCAUUGCUGGGGUUUUGGAGGCAAACUUCAUAAGACCUACACAUGAUAAGCAAGAUUUUGAGACGACAGGACUUUUCCAGAGACUUGAGACACGAUUAAAAGACAUGGCAACGGAGUAUUGGACUUACCAUUGCCAUCGGGUUGGUUACACUCAGAUUGCAAAAAAGCCUCCUCCAGCACAUUAUAUAUCAACUACUGCCGACAAUGAUGUUCAUAACUUAGUAACUCAAGCUGCCACAAAUACUUGCGAAUACGAUUCAAGAGCCAGGGCAUCUGUAGCAUUGCACCUUUGUUCCAGUGGAUAUAGCAUGCAAUAUCCUUUGCGUGUUGAUCUUGAUGCCUUGACGGAUCAAAUGGACUAUGCAUACCCUUCUACUAGCAUAAAUGUGGGGACUACAUCAUAUAUAUCACAAAAUGCACCUCAACAGUCUCAAACUGAAUUACGCAAACGAAGAAAGUAUUGCUCCAAGAUUUUCUGGAGAGCUCAAAAAAGGCGGAACACGAAUGUUUAUUCUGAUGAACCUGGAAGUGACAAUGGCACUGAGGAGCAGAGGAAGGGUUCAGAGUUGUACUUGAUCAGAACACCAUGCUAAAGGCUCAGUAACAAAAGGCAUUAUUCAUGUUAAACUUUUUUUCUUUACUUGACAGCCAUUUUAAUUACUUAUUGGAUUCUGCACGUCCAUUGUGUAAAAAAAGCUGUCUUAAGAAUCUGGAUCAACAAAGUAUUAAGAAAACGGCUUAGGACCAUAGGAGGGGGCUUUUGUAUUGACCAUUUAGAUCAUCACUGAUUAAACGCCAUGAGGAGGAUGUACGGGUAGUCAGCUGCUUGGGAUGAGAGAAGUGACUACAGAUGAGCCAGAUGAAUCGAGAUUAUGGCAUUUCUAUUGCAAAACUGAAUAAAAUUCUAGCAGUUUUUCUUGUUA